AUGUAGUGCAACUAUUAAAUAAUUUAAAGAAUAAAAUUCGUGAAACCUGCAAUAUAAGCAUUAGGAAUAGAUAAUUUACUAGAUCUUAUUUAAUAAGGUGACAAUAGCCAAAUUUAAGUAGCUGAUAAAUUUGUGAUUGAUGAUAUUAGCAUUAGAUUUCUAGAUAAUUUUAGCAGUUCUGCAUUCUGCUUAACAACUACAUCUUUAGGAUAAAUGUUCUUUAAAUCCACUUAGAAAUUAUUAUACAGCCUAUAGCCUUGGUUGUUAUAGAAAAUGAGCCUAAAAAUAGCAAAAGGAUUAUACCUAUUACGAAAAAAAUGUUUUAAAUCUUGUAAAGACUUUUACUAUAACGGGCUCUUAAGAAUUGUAGUGUCUAAUUCUUAUGAUGUUUCUUUUGCAAUUAUUUUAUAACUUGCUUAUUUUUAGAGUAAUAAUAUAACUGAUUCAGUAAAUUCAUAUUUUUCCUUAAUUUUUUUGUAUAUUUAGCCAUUUUGUAAAGAAUUUUCUAGUUAAACUACAUUAAAAUACAAACUAAUAUUAAUCUUUAUUUGAAGGAGUUUAAGAUAGCAAAUACCUUUGAAUUUCAUAAUAUAAUACAAUUUUAUUAAUUAAGAAACUGAUUUUCAUAAGUCUCAUUGUUUUCAUAUAUACUAUUUUAAUUUUAUUUAUAAACAGAUGGGAAACUUUAAAUUUUGCUAAUUGCUACAAAUUAAACUGUAUUUAUUUUAAAUAAUCCUUUAGAGAAUCAUUAUGAGUAUUAUAAAAUUAUUAUUACAGAAUCCUUUAUUAUUUUCAACACAAUAACAUUUAUUCUUUCUGACUAUUCACAAGUUUUUCGAUUGA